AUGGAUUGGGAUCGUAGGACAGAAAUCUGGUCCGACUUUGAGUAUGACCGAUUCAGCUACCAGCCCAGAGAGGCUACAGUACUUUGCAAAUUCGAAUUGGAAAAGGUAGAAGUGGUCUCCAAGUCACUCGUCACGGCCCAUGACUGGGAUCAAUGGUUAGAAACAGGCCCGGUUGCGCGCGAUGGUCCUCCGAAAGCUGGCAUCUGCAUCAUCAGGGGCAAGCCCACCCUUCCGAAUAUUUCUCCCUCCAUCUAUGAUCUGCCUUUCAAGAAACACAUUUUCAGCAGAAUCAUCGACCAAUUCCAUAUACUCCCUACGAUAGUCCGGACAAUCCUUCGAGAUGUCGCCCAUUUCUCGAUACAAGAACAUGACAAUGAGCGCAAGGGUCGCAUGAUCAGCUGCACCGCUCGCACGAGCACUUUACUCCGAGACGAUAUGGCCAUCUCCUCGACAUUCCUCGUUGACGCAAAACUAAGUCUCGUUGUCGUUUUUGGAUGUGGCAAGGCGCAGAAGGACAAGAUCGAGAACCGACUGGGCCGUCUAAACGCCGCAGACGACAACCAUCCGCUCUUGGUAUUAGGGAUGUUUGCAGAGAUGGAGCGUAUCAGGCUGCAGAAAGACGCUGAACGACUUCUCGGGCGCUUCGCAUUGCGCGCGUCACGCGACCACGAUCUCGACUUGGACAUGAGCAAAGCCAAGAUGACGGAGUUUCUCAAGAUGUGUUACGAGUCAAGGGAACUCAUCAGUCAUAUACUGGCGUUCAAGCUGCAAGCCAAAAAAGUAAUCCACAGUGCGGAAGAAAUGGAUAAGUCGGAACGCCUGGCUGAAAGGUGGUCCCCAUGGGCUGGUGUCCAGAUUCAAACUCGGCUUUCAGAUGUAUUGAAUGAGCUUGAGGGGAACAUCGAAGAUUGCCGGAUGAUUAUGGACAAUAUGUCUCUUACUAUGCAAACCUCCUGGAACCACUUUGCCCGAGAGGACAACAAAGCGAAUUUAAGUCUGGCGCGGGCAAGCACUAACCUUUCCAUGGAUAUGAGACGCGACAGCUCUCAAAUGCGAUCAAAUGCGUUGUUGACAAUGGUCUUCUUGCCGUUGACGACGCUUGCUGUAAGUCACCAAAGCCAUAUUGAGCGCUUUGCGCCUGGCGCUGAAGCACGCGCUGAUUUGAGGCAGUCUAUAUUCUCAACUACGUUCUUCAAUUGGGGACAGACAGACGGGCAUGCGAUCGUGUCAGGAUACAUUUGGGUCUUUGUGGUUCUCGCUGUCGGAAUCACGACUAUUACCGUAGGCGCUUGGUAUUACGCGACACAUCGAGCAAGCAGAAAGGAAGAAGAACGUCAGCGCCGGGAAACAUUGGGGUAUGGCAUGGAAGCUAUUGUAUAA